CCCGGCUGACGCGGGGACGGUGGGGGGUCAUUCCUUGUUGGACUGCCGGAGGCAACCAUAAAUAAGCCUUUAGAUCUCCAGCGGCUGGAGCUGCUUUUUCUGGCUGCAGACAAUAGGAGCUGACCUUGUCGACUGCUGUUUGUGGCGUGCAGCCCAGGGUCGGAGCCGAUGGCAGCUUGGACCGCGGCCCGCUGGAGCAGGGCAGCUGCCCGGUGCUUACGGGCGCCAGGUCCCGGGUUCCGGGCGGCUCCUCCACGCGCCGCCCAGCCCGAGCCCCCAGAAUGCGGCCCAGCUCUGGGCAGGAUGCUGCACCUCACCGCGGCGGCCCCCGCCGGGCACAACAAGUGGUCCAAAGUCCGGCACAUCAAGGGUCCCAAGGACACUGAAAGAAGUCGCGUCUUCACCAAGCUCUCUCUGAGCAUUCGCCUGGCAGUCAAAGAGGGAGGCCCCAACCCUGAGCUCAACAGCAACCUGGCCAACAUCUUAGAGGUGUGUCGCAGCAAGCACAUGCCCAAGUCAACGAUUGAGGCGGCACUGAAGAUGGAGAAAACCAAGGAUGUUUAUUUGCUGUAUGAGGGUCGAGGCCCUGGUGGCUCUUCUCUGCUCAUUGAGGCGUUAUCUAACAGUGGCUCCAAGUGCCAGUCGGACAUUAGACAUAUCCUGAACAAGAACGGGGGAAUGAUGGCUGAAGGAGCUCGUCAUUCCUUUGACAAAAAGGGGGUGGUCGUGGUUGGAGUGGAGGACAGAGAGAAGAACGCCGUGAACCUGGAGCGUGCCCUGGAGCUGGCAAUUGAAGCAGGAGCUGAGGAUGUCAAGGAGACAGAAGACGAAGAAAAGAGCUUCUUUAAGUUUAUUUGUGAUGUCUCUUCACUGCAUCAAGUGAGGAAGAAGCUGGACUCCCUGGGCUUGUGCUCUGUGUCCUGUGCGCUGGAGUUCAUCCCCAACUCAAAGGUGCAGCUGGCCGACCCCGACCUGGAGCAGGCCGCUCUUCUCAUCCAGGCUCUCGGGAACCACGAGGAUGUGAUUCGUGUCUAUGACAACAUUGAGUAACCAGGCCCGUGUGUCCCUAGGUUCCUUCCAUAGACUCGAGCAAAUGGGGGGCCUAGCAGGUUAGGAGACCUAAGACCAGGAUUUGUGGUCUUAGGGCCAAGGGAAUCCCACACUUCCGUGGAGGCCUUGUCAGCUCUGCUGGCAUCUCAGAGUCUACCUGGAUGAAUAGGAGCCCCUGACACUGCUGGAUGCAGGGUGAGACCAGUCAGCUGGUCAGGCUCUGAUCUCAAGUAGUUGGCUCUUGUGAGUAUUGCAGGUGCCCAGAGGCUCUGUGUACUAGAAGCUGCUCCUAAGUAAUAACAGUGAUUGAACUUGGUUGCUGUUGGGUCGCACUUGAAUUUUCCUGAGUUUGUGUCUACCUGUUGGGACCCUCUGCUCAAGAGGCUUAGUUCUGCGACUCCAAUCCCAGGCUUAUUGAUUGUGCUUUUACUUAUUUGAAAGAGAAAGAGGGAGAGAGACAGAAAGAGAUCUUCCCUCCACUGAUUAAUUCCCCAAAUGGCUACAGUGGCUAAGAUGGGGCCAGACCAAAGCCAGGAGCCUGGAACUCCAGCUCUCUUUGGCUGUGGGCAGAAUACUGGGACUAUUUUGCACUGCUUUUUCAGACAUAUUAGCAGGGAGCUGGAUUGGAAGCAGGGCAGUUGGGUCUCAAACUGGCAUUCUGAUAUAGGAUGCUGUUGUCAUAGGUAGUGGCUUAACCCACUAUACCACAAUGCUGGUCUCCUGUUUGUUUUGUUUGUUUUUUAUUGGCCAUAGAAAUGUACCUCUAUCCAGGUACUUGGUGGUCUCAUGGUCUACACUUGUCUUUUAUUCAUGCAGCUAGUCAGCUAGUAUUUCUGGAAUACCUACAAUAUACUAGGAACUGUACUUUAGAGCACAAGCUGUUCAGAUGGUGUCCUAUGUUAGAUCCUACUUUAAGACAUGGAACCUUUGGCCGGCACUAUGGCUUCAUGGGCUAGGCCUCCGCCUGUGGCAUCGGCAUCCCAUAUGGGCACUGGUUCAGGUCCUGGCUGCUCCACUUCCAAUCCAGCUUCCUGCAAAUGGCCUAGGAAAGCAGCAGAGAAUGGCCCAAGUGCUUGGGCCCCUGCACCUACGUGGAGACCCAGAAGAAGCUUCUGACUCCUGCCUUUGGAUUGGCUCAGCUCCACCAUUGCGGCCAUUUGUGGAGUGAACCAGCAGAUGGAGACCUUUCUCUCUGUCUCUCUCUCUCUCUAUAGCUCUACCUCUCAAAUAAAUAAAUCUUAAAAAACAAAAAAGCAAAUCAUUGUAUACCAUAAAUAUAUCCAAUUAUUAAAAAAAAAAAAAAAUGGAACCUCAGAGGGAAGACAAAGGACUGCUCCCUAUUGGAGCUGCCCAAGGCAGCACGAGCUGCUGCACGUGCAUCUUGGUUCACUUUGCGUGGCGUUGUGCCCUUCUUCCACCAGCAACUUAAGGCUGUAGCCAAGUAGAUCAAGUGCCAUUGAUAAGAGACUCCCCUGGUAAGAGUUGACCUGUUAGCAGAUUGGGCUUCUCUCAGGAAGAGCUGUACUAAGCUCAUUUUGAAAACUGCUUUGUUCCCAGAAAGGCCAAUGCUAGCUCCUUUUCACCUCUGAUGCCAAAUGACAGGACACUGAUAACUGGAGAGAAAAUGAGAACAUGGCCAGGCAGGAAUUAGGGCCCUUGGCACCUUUUGCUCAAGAGUGCUUCAAAAAGUUCACAGCAAAUACAUAUUACUUUAACAACCACAUGGAUUUCAAAAUGUUUUUCCACCAAAGUAAACUCAUUUUCUAAUUCCAUUUUUCUUUUUGAAGUAUCCUCAUAGUCACUUCUAGCUUUAGAGAGGCCAGGAGUGCCAGCCACCUUUGGUGGAGCCUGUUAAGCAUGUCAGGUCAGGAGUGGCUUUGGGAUCCUUGUUACCUACCUACUUAUUAGUUGUUCCAGCCAAUUCUGGGCUCAGAGUAAUUUUCCUGAAGGAGCUUCAGGCAAAAAAAGAUGGAAAACAACUAAAAUCAAUUUGACUAUACAUAACUUGAGCUUCUAGAAAAAACAGAUCACUAAUUCUACAGUGACUUCAACAGUUGGAGAGCAGGGCCAGGGGUUGCGGGGGUGGGCAACCAAUGAAGGAAUCCAUGAUUGCAUGCCAAAAUAUAUGCUCUUAUACCUCAUUGCAUAAUCAUACUAGCCAGGAUUCUCUAGUUUUUGUAGGAGAUAUUCCAUCCAAAUAUCUGAGUAACACAUCAUUAGAAUCAAGGACCUUGAAGUUUAUGUGCUGCUUCAUAAUUUACAAGAUACUUUUAUCUGUUAUUUAUUUGAUUUUCCUAAAAAAAAAAAAAACUUACAAAAUAUCCCAAUUAUUCUACUAAGCAGGUGAGAACAGAUCUAAUACCACACCUUGUCUUUAUAGACAUUGGUUUAUAAAAUAGCUGUUUUGGAACUGUUGGAUAUAAACUAAUUGGAAGGAAUCUAAUCAUUUCUAAUCUGAGAAAUCUGUAGUGAGUGAGCCUGUUCUUGAAGGGAACUUGGCGACUCAUGUGAAUAGGCCUCUGCUAAUCUAAUGGAAUUUAUUAAUAUGGAUUGUCGCAUCACUAAUUUUCUACAUCAGGGCAUGCUUGUAGUAUCUCUUUGGCUUUGGGCUGACCCCUGGUGGUGCUCUGCAGAAGUGAACCUUUACUUUAUCUCUCCUGCUUUCUGGAUCCGGUAAAGAUUUUGAGCUAGUUAAAUAAAGAUGGUUACAUCCAGAUGAUGAGAUGUUGUGCUGCCUCUAAAAAUUAUUUUUCAGGCCGGUGCCGUGGCUUAACAGGCUAAUCCUCCACCUUGUGGCGCCGGCACACCGGGUUCUAGUCCCGGUCGGGGCACCGGAUUCUAUCCCGGUUGCCCCUCUUCCAGGCCAGCUCUCUGCUAUGGCCCGGGAAGGCAAUGGAGGAUGGCCCAAGACUUUGGGCCCUGCACCCACAUGGGAGACCAGGAGAAGCACCUGGCUGCUGGCUUCGGAUCAGCGCGAUGCGCAGGCCACAGCGGCCAUUGGAGGGUGAACCAGCGGCAAAAAGGAAGACCUUUGUCUCUCUCUCUCACUAUCCACUCUGCCUGUCCAAAAA